UCAAAGCACAAAAACCUUCACUAAUCUCCAUUAAUUCCAAGCAAAAAAAAGAAAAAAAAAUGUCCCUAACUCAGACAUCAUUCUUCUGCUCUUCAACAAACAUUUCUUUGCCAAAAUUAAGCCCACAAACAAAUAUCUCAGUUUCCCUUAACAUUCAUGACCAGAAUCUGAAAUAUUCACAAAGGAAAGAGAGUGGGAAAGCUGAUGUCCUUUACAAUGGCUACUCCUACUUCACUUCUCCUUGUCAUCCUCUUGAAUUGGAGCUCCCUAAAUAUAAUCAAUUCGAUUUCGAUGUUGGCGAGGAUUAUAAUGAAGGGAUAGGCAUUGUUAAAUUCUUCGCCGGAAAGAACAUUUUCCUCACCGGCGCAACUGGUCUACUUGGAAAAGUGCUUUUGGAGAAGAUAUUAAGAUCAACUGAGGUGGGAAAAAUCUAUUUAUUAAUCAAGGCUGAGGAUAAAGAGUCUGCAUUUGAUCGAAUCACCAAAGAAAUAAUAGACUCGGACUUGUUCGAAAGACUUCGAGAGAUGCAGGGGACUUCCUUGGAAGCAUUUGUACAAUCGACAUUGAUACCGGUUGUUGGGAAUAUCUGUAAACCGAAUCUCGGGAUGGAUCCCGAGUCUUCUAACAUGAUCAGUAGAGAUGUAGAUGUGAUAAUUGGAUCAGCAGCUAUCGCGACAUUGAACGAGAGGUACGACUUGUUACUCGAUGCGAACGUGAUUGCGCCUCAACGACUAAUGAGGUUCGCCAAGACAUGCAAGAAUCUCAAGCUCUUUACACACAUUUCAACUGCCUUUGUAAAUGGAAGAAAAGAAGGAAUAAUACUCGAAGAGCCGGUGAUGAUGGGAGAGAAUAAACACAAAGACAUAAGCGAUAACCUUUCUUCGAUCCCUCGACUAGAUGUAUCCGAUGAGAUACUCAUGGCUUUCAAAUCGUGUAAUGCAACGACAGAUUACGACAGAACCAAACAUUUGAAAAAACUUGGCCAAGAGAGAGCUGACUUAUUUGGAUGGCACAAUACUUAUCAUAUGACUAAAGCUAUGGGAGAAAUGGUCCUCGAUGAAAUUCGAGAAGAUAUACCGUUGCUCAUCAUUAGGCCAAGCGUCAUCGAGAGUGUCUACAAAGAUCCAUCGCCCGGAUGGAUACAAGGAAAUAGGAUGUUCGAUCCGAUGAUAAUUUCCUAUGGAAAAGGGCAGCUUCCAGCCUUCCUUGCAGAUCCUCAAGUGGCAAUGGAUAUUAUCCCCUUGGAUAUUGUGGCGAAUGCAAUCAUCGCAGCUAUGGCGAAGCAUGGAGCUAUAAAUAAGCCACAACUAAAUGUGUAUCAUGUGUCGUCAAGUGCGCUGAAUCCCGUGACAUAUUCAGACUUCUUCGAAUAUCUCUACGAGCAUUUUAGCGCAACACCUUUAGUCGAGGAUGUACCUGUUGAAAGAAUAAAGCUUUUCGACAAUUUCAAAGACUUCUUUGAACACACACAAGAGCAAAUAUCCCGGCAGAGUGCGCAAAGUAUAAGUCAAUGCAAAGCAAAGGCUGCCUACGCCAAGCAAUUGGGCAAAAUGUAUGAAUUCACCGGAUUCUUCCCCGCAACGUUCCAUACCGGCAACACUCAAAAGUUGUUGCAAGAAAUGUCCGAAGAGGAGAGACUCGACUUUGAAGUCGACGUAAAGAAAAUAGAUUGGAGAAACUAUUUUCAAGAAAUUCACAUUCCGGGAUUGAGGAAGCAUGUCAUCAAUGGAACAAAAAUUUCUAGCUAGAGGUCUUGUAUCAUUUGUGGUAAAGAUUUCAUAGUUUUAGAGAUUAAUGUGGAACAAAAGGAUUGUAUAUUUGGAAUAAAAAGUUGAGACCUUCUCAACGUAAUCUUUAUGUUCCCUAGGUCCCGGACGAAAAUACUCAUUUACUGUAUUAGAUUAAUAUUUUAUUGAUUAAAUAAUUUUAAUAUAUUUAUCUUUUGUA